CAGUGGAGUUUGACAUUCGACCAUUGCUCUCCAAAGUCCUGUGCGCUUUAGGAAGCCAAUCAGAAUGCAGACGGCCACACACAGCAGGAGGGCUCUCCGUACCUCCGACAACAUUUCAGUGCGGCAGUGAUUGGUCACCGUUGACCUGUUCCCUGAGUACGCGCACUUGACAGCACCGGUCGCCCAUUUGACUUCACACCCAACCCAGGAGGAGGACCACCUGACUUUUUUCGGAGCCAUCGCUUUACUCGGGCGCUGGCUUUAUUUUGCUGGAUUUGAACUUUUGUGUGUAUUUAUUUGAUCUUUUUACUUUUAUUUCUGCGGAAUCUCGAAUGGGCUCCCGUGUCAAUGCGAGUGGCGGCGAGGAGCUAGGUUCUCCUGAAGACACACGGCUGGACUCAACAGAGAGGACGAUGGGGGAGAGUAAAAGUCCAGUGCUGAGCCGCCAUCCGUUCAGCGUGGAGGCUCUCAUGUCCGGCAGCAGGACGCGCCGAGGUCCCCCCCACUGCGUCGGGCUCACCGGCGGGAAACACGGGGAUGGACCUUCGCCGACGGACCUAGUCGACACUGGCCGAAGCUCUUCCUACUCCCUGUGCGGGGAACACUACGGUCCGGCCGAGGGGAACCCAAAGCACUUCGUGUCGGUCCCGACGUCUCCGGUGAAGUCCGAGACGUCAGAGUCAGACGACUGUGCACCUUGGAUCAUAAACGGCACUUUCUCGUCCCACACCGGUCUGGUGAGCCCCAGCUGCCCGCUGAGGAAACACAAGACCAACCGUAAGCCGCGGACGCCCUUCACCACCGCCCAGCUGCUGGCGCUGGAGCGCCGCUUCCGGCAGAAGCAGUACCUGUCCAUCGCAGAGCGCGCUGAGUUCUCGUCCUCGCUGGCGCUCACCGAGACCCAGGUGAAGAUCUGGUUCCAGAACCGCCGUGCCAAGGCCAAGCGGCUCCAGGAGGCCGAGCUGGAAAAACUCAAAAUGGCCGCCGACGCCAAAACGGCGGCAGUGGUGGCGGCGAGUGCGGCGGGGGCCCUGCACAGCGGCUUCAGGCUGUCCCUGCCCCUUGGUGCCAUGUCGUUGUACGGACAUGCUCACACACACUCGGCCUACCACCACGGGCACCACCAGGGCCCCCACAGAGCCCUGUGGCCCCUCGCCCCCCUGGGACUGUACUCGGCCCCCCUGGGCUACAUGUACCAUCUGUCGUAGCGUGGGGCCGUGUGUGUGUGUGCGUGUGCGUGUGUGUGUUUGUGUGCAUGUGAGUGUGUGUUUGUGAAUUAGUCGGUUCAAAACGAUCUGCAGUAUUGUGAAAGGGAAUCAUUGAGAAUCGAUCGGACCCUUGCUCGGAACUGGAAUGCCCGUUCACUACGACAGCAAAGCUUUGCUUUAAUCAAGUCACACAUGGGCUGCUUCCUUACCAUGAAUGAAAAUAAAUAUCAAUUCCAUAAUGAAUAUUACAUAUCCAUUUGUUUCAGGAUGUGCAUCUUUACGCUCUGUUUCCACUCCUAGCUUGCUCACCGAGGGAACGACAUGCAGUCGUUCCCUCAAAGGACUCUGAGGAAAUGUUUUUAAUGCAACAGAUGCAGUGCCUUUCACCUGUAGCCUUCCUGUCUUUUCCCAGAAACGUCACCUCAAUGUGCCUCCCAUGUUCUGACCCUCACGUGGGAAGGAUUAAUGGCCAGCUGGGUUCCUUUGAAAUGUAUUCACAACAACGUCUUCACGUUGAAAAAAAGUAGCUUUCAGUUAAAAAACAAGUUCGUAGAAAAAGGGGAUCAAAUGAUUGCUUCUCCAUUGCUCUUUAAAACUAACGAGCGCCAUUUAAAGUCUGUGGAGGAGAGCGUUGCUCUGUUUAAGAGCAGCCGUCUGUUUGCCUGUUCUGAUCCGUGGCUCACUUCAGGGUCUGUCUGUGCUAAAGGGUUCAGGGGACUUCCACACUCUGCCAGGAGGAAUUUUGUGGAAUCAUUUUAGGGAAGCUGCAAACGACUUCUGCCAACCAUCUCAUUUGCUUAUGUCAGUUAUUCAGGGUCAUCAAGCUGUUGUUCUUCUCCUCAGGGUGUCUCGUUAAGGCAGCUCUUGCUCUGGGCAACACAUCGACUUAUAGCAUUAUUUUGAUAUUUCAUGUUAAUUAAAUAUGAGAGUUUUAAACAAAAUCCAAAUCUUCCUUACAUAGUCAUUUUAGUUAUGUCGAGGUUUACCUUGACCUGAAAGCAAUAUUAACCUUUAAAACAUUCCUACAGUGGCUCACUAGAUCAGGUUAUUUAGAAAUAUUUAUUUGUAUUCUAUUUUUAUUUUGCGGCGUAUAAUUGUCUCACAUUCCUUAUUUAUGAUACGGUUUUAAAAGGACAAAUAUUUUCUGAUCAGAUUUUAAAUCUUUAUUUUAUUCCUGGACGUGCCUUUGGGAUGGGCUUCUUUCUGCCAUGGAGUUAUGUACAUAAGAAUGUUUGUUUGUCAGUCAAAAGACAAUAAAGGUUUGUCUCAACAGACGCUAUCUA